AUGGUUCCCCCUUCUGAACACAGCCCCAUCAUGGUUCCCCCUUCUGAACACAGCCCCAUCAUGGUUCCCCCUUCUGAAAAAGCCCCAUCAUGGUCCCCCCUUCUGAACACGCCCCAUCAUGGUUCCCCCUUCUCACACAGCCCCAUCAUGGUUCCCCCUUCUGAACACAGCCCCAUCAUGGUCCCCCCUUCUGAAAACAGCCCCAUCAUGGUUCCCCCUUCUGAACACAGCCCCAUCAUGCCCCAUCAUGGUUCCCCCCUUCUGAAAACAGCCCCAUCAUGGUCCCCCCUUCUGAACACAGCCCCAUCAUGGUCCCCCCUUCUGAACACAGCCCCAUCAUGGUUCCCCCCUUCUGAACACAGCCCCUUCAUGGUCCCCCCUUCUGAACACAGCCCCAUCAUGGUUCCCCCUUCUGAACACAGCCCCAUCAUGGUUCCCCCUUCUGAACACAACCCCAUCAUGGUUCCCUCUUCUGAACACAGCCUCAUCAUGGUUACCCUCUUCUGA